UUGAGGUGAAAUCACCGGGAAAGGAGUUUUACUCAAAUUUAAUUAAUUAAAAAGAGCAUGAUGAGUGCUUCUCCAUCAUUAGAACGUAUUCAAACAUUAGAUGCAAUUGAAAAAGAGAUUGUAACAUGUCUACACAGUGCAGGACAAGUCUUUGUGGAAUUAAGCAAGGAGAAAUCCAGCAUGAAACAAGCUGAAAAUCACACUCAAACAUUCCUGAAAUCAUUGAAUGUGGUGGAAACAAAACUGACUGAACAAAUCAAUUACUUGACACAAGUUUCCACUGGGCAGCCACAUGAAGGAUCUGGAUAUGCCUCACAGAAGGUCCUGCAAAUGGCAUGGCAUAGAUUAGAACAUGCCAGGUCAAGAGUUAAUGAAUUAGAAAGACUGAAAGUUAAGCAUAUUCAAGGAGGUACAGGUGGUAAUAAUGGAAAUGCUGGAGCAUUAACCGGGCCUGGGGGUGCAGGAGGCUCAUCUACAUCGAAUUAAUUAAGAGUAUUUAUAAAAAACAAGUUUUUAUUUGUGUCAUAAUCAUUUACUUCUUGAAUUGUAAUGACAUCCGCCAGAUGUCGCUCUUGUAUGUAAGUUAGAGGUUAUUGCAUCUGAUGUUUAUUGUUUAUUCAACAAAAUUUAUACCCGUCAAGAUUUAUUAAAAUGGUCGAAUUAAAAUCUGA